AAUACAUAAUUAUCAAAACAUCCAAUCAGCGCACAGGGGGGCGGGGCUAAUACGGUCUCUCGUUGCCGUCGCUUUGAAUGACCACAUUUCAAACUAGAAUGGCGACCGCUGUCUGCGGUCUGCAGUCCACCGGCAGCAACAGUAAACCGGCCAAAACACACCGAGAGCACCGGAGGAAAGCGAAGGACUCCAGGAGGAGACAGGCGGCUUUGUUGUUCCUCAGUAAUAUCUCACUCGACGGACGGCCCCAUUGUCAAAACAGCGAUGAAAACGUCGACCAAAAAGCCGCCGAGGAGCAGCGACUCGGGGACAGAGACGGCGGCUCUACUGUGGUCCCCCAGCCGGCGGACGGCCAAGAACCGGUCCUCCAGGUGACAGAGCCCACCACGGCCGGCAGCGGCUCAUCCUCCAGUUUCCCCGGGGUACUCAGUCCCAUCGGACCUUCUUUGGUAAUGUCUCCGGGACCUGCCGGGGCAGCUGUUGUGGGAGCAAACGAGGUAUUUUUGGAGGGUGGCAGUGCGGCCGAAACGCUAACCCCGGACACCCCUCUGUCUCCUGUGCCCACCGGGCACCAAGCCUGCUCCCGUGUCAGGUCUACGCCCGCCGCCCUGAGCCCGGUCCCGGCCGGCAGCUCACUGGAUUCACGGCAGAGGUUGAGGAAUGUCUCUGGUUCUCCUGGACCCAAAGUGCCAAAGAAAGUCCACUUCAUCAAGAGUAUGAGGCAGUAUGAUACCAGGGGAUGUAGGAUCGUGCUGAUUUGUGCCAAGCGGUCGCUAUACGCUGCUUUCUCAGUGCUGCCCUAUGGAGAGAGUGCUCACCUCAGCGAUCCUAAGCUGGAGGCUCAGAGACAAAGGCUGUCCUCUGUAGUGGCUGCUGACCUGCUUCCUUCCUUGGAGGGGAUGGAGUUUGGAGACUAUGGCAAGACGGUGUCAUACGCUCAGUUCCUUUAUCCGACCAAUGCCUUGGUGAGACAGAAGAGCGGUGCACCAGAAACCGGCACGACUCAGACCCCUCUGUCACGUUUCCGUGGCAACGGGCAGAGGAGCUUCACCCCAGCUCGUCUGAACAACAGUGUGACACAGGACCCAUGCAUAGAGGAGGUGGUGGAGUACGAUCCUAACCUGCUCAGUGACCCUCAGUGGCCCUGUGGAAGACACAAGAGGGUUCUGAUAUUUGCAUCAUAUGUGACGACUGUUGUUGAGUAUGUGAAACCAUCUGACCUAAAGAAGGACAUGAAUGAGACUUUCAAAGAGAAGUUUCCUCACAUCAAGCUGACUCUCAGCAAGAUAAGAAGCCUAAAGAGGGAGAUGCGCGCCAUGAGCGAGGACUGCAGCCUACAGCCCGUCACUAUAGCGAUGGCUUUUGUUUACUUUGAGAAACUGGUGCUGCAGGGUCGCCUCAACAAGCAGAACAGGAAGCUGGUGGCGGCGACGUGCGUGCUGCUGGCUGCAAAGAUCAGCAGCGAUCUGCGGAAGCCAGAUGUCAGCCAACUCAUUGACAAGCUGGAGGAGCGUUUCCGCAUCAACAGACGAGAAUUAAUUCCUCUGGAGUUCCCUGUGCUGGUUGCCUUGGAGAUGGGACUUUACCUUCCCGAGAGCAAGGUCAUGCCACACUACCGCAGACUCGUGCAGCAAGGUUAGACCGGAUACGGUCAUGUCUGACAAUCUACUGGUUUCAUUGACAACAUCAGCAAGUGUGAGUUUUUAGGACUGACAGUGUGUGUAUGGAUCGACCAGUUUAUAAGCUGUGGUAUUUUAAACAAAUUAUUCUGGUACUAUUUAAUUCCUGUGAUGGUCUUGACUUAAGUUACUCACUGUAUACAAAGGAUAGUUUACACUCACGUAUUUUAGACUUUAUGGCAUGUGUGUCUCCCUGAAUGUCUUUUUGUACAUGUGACCAUCUGUCGAUGCAGUCAUGAACUCUAUGUUAGAGAUGUUCAAUGAGCACGUUAAUUGUGCUUUCAUUCUGGUGUCUUGCGACCUUUGUCUUUAGUUACUAGUAUUUCUAACCUUGUAUUUAAACAAAACGUACGAUGUGAUGUUUGUGUUUGUGAAAGACUCAUCUCAUGCACCUUUCUCACUACUAUACACAGCCUGUAUAGUAUUAUUACGAAUGACAAAGAACCAUACUGUUGAUUUUGUAAAUGCCUCUUUAAACCCACUGUGAUACUGAAGCAUUUUUAGCUAUUAGACUAAAACAUGAUACUGUAGAUUGUUGGUAAAAAAAACAUGAUUUUAGUUUGUCAUUGGGGAAGUAAGUGGCUUUUAAGUUACAGUCUGUUUGAAUGUCUGUUUUUUCUUGUGUAAAGAAAAAAAGUAAUAGUUCAAACCCCGUUACAGUUGCGAGUCCAGACAGAAACAGAAUUACAGAGGCAUAUUAUUUAUAGUAAAUGUGUUUUUUCAUCAUUCAUGUUAUUCAGGGAUAUGUUUUUAUAAAAAAAAAACACACUGCACUGGAAUUUAUCCCUUGUAAGUUUAGCUCGUUGCAUUUUUCAGUUCUCAGGAUUUUUACUUUCUCAUAUCUGUGAAUAGCUCAUAAAAUCUAACCCAAAGAAACAUUUUUAAGUUAUUUCUGUAGCCUUUGUGACUGAAACCACUUGUGCUCCCAUUAUAACUGAAUUGGAGGUAACUGAUUGUAGAGCAUUGACUUAAACUACAAGUACCACACAGUAUUAACCUGCCUGCAGUGCUUAUUGUGUAGUAAAUCUUCUGAUGUAGGUGUACAAGUAUGUUUAAAAAAAGUGCCUAAGACCACAGUGGCAGUGAAAUGGUUAACCGUCUUCUAACAAGUGAUAUUUAAUAUUAGCGUUUCUGAGUCUUGCUACUGUAGAGAUCUUUACAUGUUGAGGUUGUUCUUAUCUGGGAAAGAAAAUCACAAACUUUUUGUCUGCAGUGGUAAAAAAUGUGGUAAUGAUAAACAUGCAAAUCUGUGUAUCUGCAGAAAAUGUGCUUUCAUGGUUGGUGUCAAAAGGGUGAAUAUUCAUUGUUUUCAUACUGUAAAAUGAAUGUUUUUCAAAUAUAUUUUCAGACACUGAAAA